UACUGUUGCUACUGCUGCUGCUGCUGCUGCUACUACUGCUACUGCUGCUGCUGCUGCAUACGCUGUUAGCCCUGAAGCCAAGGUUGAUUUCGUAUUUAGCUGAUUGAGAAAGCACUCUAGCAGCCUGACCGUUAAUGCUGUAGAGUCGCUACGACAGACGCGGUAAUCUCUAGCAUUACACGCCCAUCAAGAGAAGAAGCAGCAGCGGAGAAGGAGGAGGAGGAGGUACGAUGGGAGACGAACAGAAGAAGAAGAAGGGGAAGAAGCUCGAUAGGGAACUGGAGAAGAUCAGCCUGAGCGAGCCUGUCAUUCAGCAUGCAUCUAAGGCGAAGAUAACGGAACCGGCACCUGAUUUUCGCGCCCAGGCUGUAGUCAAUGGCCGCUUCAAGGAAAUUCAGUUGUCGGACUACAAGGGGAAAUAUCUCGUCCUAUUUUUCUAUCCGCUCGACUUCACGUUCGUAUGUCCGACAGAGAUAAUUGCAUUUGGUGACCGUGCCGACGAGUUCCGUAAGAUCGACUGUGAGGUCGUCGCCUGCUCGACCGACAGCGAAUUCUCACACUUGGCCUGGAUAAAUACUCCGAGGAACUAGUGGCGGACUAGGCAGCUCAACGACACUUCUAUCAUGGCCGACAAGACGAUGAAGAUCAGUAGAGACUACGGCGUGCUGCUCGAAUCCGAGGGCGUCGCAUUCAGAGCGCUUUUUAUCAUCGAUGCUCAGCAGAAGCUCCGUCAGAUGACGAUUAACGACCUGCCCGUCGGUCGCUCCGUAGACGAAACACUCCGCCUAGUGCAAGCGUUCCAGUUCACCGACAAAUACGGAGAAG